ACGAAUUAAACGAAUCGCAUAAGAAAUUUUCAAAAAAAAAACGAAACGUUUUUCUUUUGUUCGAAUUUCAACAGGACUGUCUCAGUUAACGACUUUGUAACAUUUAAGAUUUUUAAAGCAUCAAUCAAUCAACUAAAUAAUUAUCACAUGAAUUGUAUAAUACACGAGACUUUUCAAGUACAGUUAAUUUUCUGCCUGCCUAUAUGUGUUUAUAUACAUAACAAAAUGCAGAAUGACGUCAUUAUGUAAAUUUUUUUGCUGUCAAAAUUAUUCAUACUAUUAUUAAAUAAAUAAAUAUUAUACAUAAAUAAUAAAAAAAAAAAACACAUAUUUCGGAACAAAUAAAGAAUGCUUUGAAUAACUGUUCUUUGGCCACAAUUGUUUAAUUGUUAUGAUUAAUAAUUCCUGUCAAAGUGUUAAAGAACUUUUUAGUGCUGAAAAAAACUUAAAAAGUUUUUCAUGAAAAACUUACAUUACCAUACGUAAAUCAUCGAUUUCAGGACAGUAAUGGUUGUGGUAUUGCUCGCGAUUUUUGAAAAGGAUUACCUGACUAAGGAUUCAAACUAUCUUGUGAAACGCAGCUGAGGAAUCCAAGCAAGUGCUAACGUUAAAGAAAGAUUGUACAACCACACAUAUCAACAGUUCUUUUUGAAAUUAAGGAAGUCAAAAAGCAAACAACAAUAACAAUAAUUUUUACAAUAACCGAACAAAUUUGCAUAAUUGAAGAAAAAGAAAAUUCCCGCGUUUUUAGUAAAACGAUUGCACGAUUUUAAAUUAAUGAAAAAGCACUGAAUUUCGAAAAGAGAGACAAAAUACAUAGAAAAACAUACUUUAAGCUUUUUCUAUGGACAAAAGUAAACGUUUAUAGAAUUUUGCUCUUUACUUUUAAGCUAAGAGUACAAUUAAAGAAGACUUUCCAAGGGUCGGACUUACCGCAGUCACUCAUAAAUCCCCUUUUUUUAAACGAACUUCAUACAAUUUCAACAAAUUGCAAAUUGUAUGACUUAUUGAAAACAAAAAAAAUAAUGGCAGAUAAUGACCAUAAAACGACCUCUAGUUUAUCGUUAAAUGACGUGAAUAAUAACGCUUCCCUUCAAAUGCCCAAACCGGGGGAAGCGCAGCUAAUAACUAAGCUGGCUGAGAAUAUAAGUAAAAAUUAUCAAAUUGCGAAACAAAGGCAACUAAAACAACAUAGUUUAGGCAAUGCAGGCCAAGCAAUGAAAAUGAGAUAUCCAGAAUUAAAGUCAAGCUCAGUAACAACUGACAUAGAUGAAGAAUGGCCGGAGAUUAGUAGCUUGUCGGAGAAUAAAUUGAAGCGUAAGAAAACUUUAUCUUCAUCUCUAACCUCGGUGUCAGAUACUGUAAAUCAAGAAAAGCGCACUCGCAUAGAAGGUAUGCAAUUGAAUUGUCGCGGCAAGCUGCCGAUUAAAGCUGACAACGCCAGCACCUCUGAGGCAUAUCCGGCAAAUAAGUUGGAAAAAUCAGAAAAGAUAAUAGGUAAACCACCUCUACCCAAUAGUGCUUUAAAGCAAGUGCCACAAACGAAUACUUUUGUACAACCACCGAGACUGAAACGUAAAUUACAAGAGAAUGUACAAACCAUACAAAAGCUCAAUGCUCUCACCGAACAACUGCGUUUAGAGAUCAACGAACUGAAAACGAAUUUAACCACCGAAAGAGGAGCGGUUAGAGUUUUAAGAGCUCAAAAUGAAGCAGAAACCCGGAAGUGGAAAACUGAAGUUAAAAAAUUGCAAAAUGCUUUAGAGCUUUUCAAGAAAACCAAUGCGACGAUUGCAUUAAAGAAAAAUGAGAAUAUUAAUAAUGAAACCAUGAUGACCUCCACCAAUGCAAGCAGCUUAGUCCAUUAUGAAAUACAAAGACUGACCGCAGAGAUUAAUAAUCUUAAAGAAGCCAAUAAAACACUUGAGGAAAAGAAACUGAUUAAUUGCGACGCUGAUAGACGUAAAGCAGCUGAUAUACGCGAAUUAAGAGAUUCUUAUGAAAUCCGAUUGACUCAAAUACAAAAAUCUGCCAAAAAUGAAAUUACACGAUUGCUAGAGGAAAUAAAAACUAAGGAACGUAAUAUUGGGCAACUGAAAAAGGACUUAUUAUUAUUACAAAAUUCUAAGGCUACCAGCAAUGAUUUAAAAAGGAACGCCACCAGCAGUAAUGCAACGAUCACAACAAACAAUGUAACGAGUAAAACAACAACGACUACAACAAUUAACCCACAAUUACAAAGUAAUAAUAUCAAUACUAAUAUUAAUAAAAAUUAUAAUAAAUUGAAAUUAAAACAAAUUGUGAAAUUAACACCGCAACAAAUUAAGAAAAAUUCUAAAGACAGUAAUAAUAAUAUUAAUAAUACUAAGACCAUCGAGAGUAACAGUAAUAGCAACGAAAACGCGAAGGAUAUCACAGACGAAGCUCAACAUCCAAUCGAGAUAUCCAAACUCAAAAAUAUUGAGCUAAUCAAUAAUACCAAAAAUCAACAACAGACAGUAACAAUAACGACGAACAACAAUGCAAUGCAAAAUGUCACGACGCUAAUUACUCCCAAUCCCAGCAAUCAUAAUCUAACAACAAUAACGAGACCACCAACGGCAACAACAGCAGCAACAGCAGCAAUAACAACAACAACAAUAAAUCCUUUGCAACAACAUUUGAAGGCAUUAGAAAUACCAGAAGAUCAUAAUGGUGAUGAAGAGUCUGACAAAUGCAAUAAUAAUCAUUAUAGAAAUUUAUUAACAACAAAUGAUGCGGGAACAACAACAACAACGACAACAACAUCAACGGCAAAUAUAACAGCUAUGACAUCGAGCUACGAUCAGGAAGCAUAUGAAGAGCAAAAUCUUAGACAAGAGUUAAGGCAACACUUGCUACAAAAUAAUCCAAAUCAAUCUAAUGAUAAAAAUCAUCAUCAGCAACAUAAUCAUAGUUCAGAUUCGGAUUCGGCUUUAUCGUCAGCACCGCCAUCCAUAAGUCCUCAGCCGCCAGCAAAUGGUGUGGAACCAACAGAUAUAUGGCAAACGAUACGCUCCUAUAAUAAUGAUAUCGAAAAAUUACAAAAGGAUUUGGAGAUUAUGCAAAAGCAAAAUGAAUGUCUAAGGCUGGAGUUAAGUGUGGCGAAAGACCAAAUUGUUGAUAUGGAAAAGACAACAUUGGAAACUAAAAACAAUUAUAAUUUACAACAUUUAACGGAGCGUAUUAAAUUUUUGGAAGAACAAGAACAUCAAUUACAAGCCGAAUGCAAUGAUUUACGGGAACAAAACGAGUUAUUAGAGUUUCGUAUACUCGAGCUGGAAGAGGCUAACGAUAAGUGGUCGCUGCAAAGUGAUGCCAACAACACAACGAAUGAUCCCACGCCUAUCACAGCAAACAGCAGCAAAAGCGUUUGGUCGUGUUCUACACUGCAGAACCCAUCAGCUAAAGCUGAUCCUUUCGAAAUGUUAUUCGGCAAUAGUUCGAUUACGAAUGCGGUUAACACCCAAUCGGAUUCGGGUACAUUGUCGCCCGAAAGUAGUCAACGUAAUCGUGAUAAUGAUGAAUUAGUAACGCCAUUGUAUAGCGUUUGUCACGAAGAAAUUUACCAUCGUAUCCUCAAUAUUCUGAAAAGUAAUUGCCUGGAAGAAGACGAUACGGAAUGUUUGCGACAAGUUUUAACAUUAAUACAACAAUUUGCGAUGUCUUGCACACCUCAGAGCGGCCCAGCUUCAUUAAAUGCCUCUUCCUCGUGUAGCGAUGAAACAAAUAGUUUAGAUUUGGUCAAAUCGCGUAGUUCCGACUACAGUUCGGGAUCAUCAACGUCCUCCAGUGCGCGUUCUAUUUUAGAUAACGGUCAACACGCGACAUCAUCGAAAUCUAACACUUCUACAGCACAAUCGCGUAUCAUAGCUACCGUACAACCUUAUCAUAGUACACCACCUUAUCAGUACAAUAAUAAUAACAAUAACAAUAGCAACUCCAACUUUAACAGCAAUCAAUCCUUCGUGCCGCACAAUACACCUACAGAUUCGCCACGUAAGAUUCGAUAUCAUCAACCGUGGCAAAGCAACAGCCUCAGCGAGAGCGGAGUUUUCGUGGAAGCAGAUUUUUUGAGCGAUAACGGCGAUAAUCACGUAGGCACUCAAACUGAUUACGAAGAUAGAUUAUCAUUAGUCAGUAGUCCUGUGAAAUUUAUUCAUCCACAAUUUUCCAAUCCAGCGCAUUACAAAACACCCGCUUUACAGCUUUCGCCUAAUCUCAGCGAUAAGAAGCGACUUCAGUAUUAUCAAGAUCGUUUAACGUUGCUCGAGGGCAAAAUUCUUGUGUAUGAGAGUUCAGGAGACAUUCAAACUAAACGUUUAGCAGACCGUUUGCAACGGGAAAUUCAACUUGGGAAGGAGGUUAAGGAAUUGAAAGACCGUGUUGAAUCUUUGCUGCAAGAAAACUUGAUACUUGAAGAGGAGAAGUGCGAGUUCGAAGAAGCCGAAAACGAUACAAGACUUCGACUCCAACGACUCGAAGUCGAAUUGGAAAUACUUAGCCAAAGGAAUGUGGAGUUAGAUGUGUCCAGAGAAGCGUUAAGUGCCAAAUACAAAGACUGUCAUUCAGAGUGUCUAAUACUAAGAGACGACUUAGCCGCCAGCGAAACGCAAAUAAGGCAUUUAGAAGAAGAUAAACAAAAGGCCAAAGAGAAUUUUGAAUUUCUGCACAACUUGUUGCCAAUAUUAUUGUUAAGCAAUUCACUCAGCACCUUAGCGUUCUUUGAAAAAUCUGCUAGUGCUGGUGCAACCAAUUCCUCCAUUCCGAUCGAUAACCAGGUUAUGGGCAGUAAAAUGUCGCAAGAAAACGGCUCAUCACAUAUUCCCAAACGCUUCCCCGGAGGAGAAACACGUAAAGAUGCGGAAUGCGGCAUCAAUAAAGAGCAUGAACUACAAUAUCUUAGAGAAGAAGUGAAAUGUUUGCGACACCAAAUGAAAGAAAUGAAUUCACGUCAUUAUGCAGCAAUGGAAAGCGCAGAUUGCCACUGGGUGGAACUAGAGCGUCAAUACAAAGAACGUGAAGAUCAGUACUUAGCGAAAGAGAUUUGUCUCAAACAAAAAAUACAAAAGCUACAAGACUGCAUAAAAGAUGACACCAAAUCAGCUAAUGACAAAAUAUGCUUACUAGAAGAAGCUGAAAGAGGGUUGAAAACUUGCUUGGUGCGCGUAACGAAGGAGCAUAGAGAACUUGUCGAAGAUCAUAAACAACUCUUAGGAGAAUUAGAAGAACUAAAGGAGCAACACGAGGCUACAUUAAACAAUCAGACGCCUCUUUUGGAUGCCCUCGAUCAAGAGAAGAAGCGUAAUAAAAGUUUGAUUGACGAGUUAUCUUUUCUGACCAGAUUGCAACAAGAAACAGAAAAUCAAAAUAAAUCGGAACUCGAUUGUUUGCGCUCCCAGCUGCAUGACAUUAAAAAAGAGUUCUUGCAUGUAGAUGUUACCAACGCAGAAUUGAAAGAAGAAGUUUCUACUUUGGAACAACAAGUUUUAGCUCUACAAAACACAGUUCACGACUAUGAGGAUAGAACACGAUGUUUAACUGAUGAAAUACGCAACAAGGACGAACAAGUUCAGAGGCUAGAAAAACGUAUACAACGUACAGAAGCUGAUAGUUUAGCUGAAGAAUUGGGCGAUACAUCUUCAAGACGUUUACAACGCGAUAAAAUCAAAGACCUUAAAACAGCAAAUAGAUUCUUGAAGAAAGCUUUACAUAAUAUGAAGGAUUGUGAAAAUCCCACACCCGAGGUGAAACAAUUUAGCGAAGUAGCAACAGAAGUAUCGAGACUGGCAAAGUGGAUGUUGCAAGAGCAGAAGCUGGAAGAAGACGAGCAUCAGCAUCAGGAACAGGAACACGGACGGCACCGCGCAGAGAGAGAUUGGGCGCGCCUGGAUCCUGGGAAAUUGUGGACGCAGCAGGAUCAGGGACGAAGGAAAUAUACCCGCGAAUUCCUAGCAGAGAGCAAAUAGAUGUUCAAAGAUCUUGGUUGGUGGAGGGAGGUAGUGAAUCAGCAAUAAAGGGCGGUAUGCCCCCUCGUGAUCCUAGACUAGACCCUAGCGAAUCGUGGAUUGAACAACAAUCAAGACCAUUGCACGGA